AAGGAGUUUUCAAGUUUUGUUAAAUUUUGUACGUUUUGCGCCACUGGCGCGCCAUGGCGUGAAACUCCCACUUGAAACUUGAAAGAGAGAGACCUGGAAAGCUGACCCGGCGCAGGGGUCUUUGUUUCUUCUUCCCCUCUGUCUGCGUGCACCGGACCAUAUUGCAAGCUCUCUCUGCCUCUGAUGUGGUGUUUCUAGGAAAUGCUGAGACGGGCACGUUUUAGAUGCUAAGCACAUGGCGCAGAGGCAUGCAUUGUCAAAGCUUCGGAAACCACCGUUGCUUACCUUCCUAACUCUCCUUCCUAAAAGCGCCAUUUCCGUACGAGAUCCUUUGCAAGCUUUAGCAGAACAAUGUUAUCAGUCCCUGGCACGAAAUGGCGAGGCGGCAGAAAAGCAAGUGUUGGCUCCAAGCAAUUCUCAUUCAGCCUCAUGGCGGCCUUGGGCGGAUUCGUCACACGGAGGUGAUGUUGGGAGCUCAUCGGGCAUUGCCUGUGAUGGGGGACUAGAUUGGCGGCUUUCUGAAGAGCAGGUGGAGCGGAUACGACUAUUGCGGAGCUUGAGGGGGCUUUUAGGGGAAGCGACCUUUGAGAAGCUGCAAUUUCCGGCGCCCCAGGCCCAGAUCCCUUUGAAGGCAGACAGCGUCAAGCGGAAACGGAGGAAAAAGAUGAACAAGCAUAAGCAACGGAAGUUGCGAAGACGGGAGCGUAACAAAGCUUCAGGCGGCAAGUAGAGUAAGUCUCCGAUUGCAAAGGUUGAACGUGGAAAGCAUACAGCUUGUUCACUCUGUAGAUCCUCGUGCGACAGUAAGUCCUUGAACGGACUGUAUCUGGCUGACUGUACGCUGGUCAGAAAAGCAUGUUGUGAGCUUGUCUCAGCCCUAUCGAAACGCAAUGCCCUUCAAGCGCGACGACGCAGAUUCAAGCGCACUUGCAAUGAGAAGAUGUUGUUUGCAUAUACUUCAUUCAGGUGUGUCAAGUGCUUCUAGUCAGGAUGAUUAGUUGGCACAGGCCGAUCAAUUUCUUGAGUAACCUCAUGCAUCUUCUCCGGGUCCUUGGACAGUCACUCGAUCAGCCAAACU